UCUUAUCCAGUAUUUGUAUAGCCACCCCCGAGUCCUGGAAUACUUUAAAGUGGGAAGAACAGAUUGGGCUGCUUACUGUAGAGCUGAAGAUAUGGGACAACGCAGCCAUUCGGGACACGAAUCCUCAAGAGUUUUGGAAAUACUGUACACGCAACCUGCGUGUGCAACUCCAUGCAACGACGCAAACGGAAAUUCGGCAAGCAAUUCAAACGAUCAUUCGCUAUGCUCACGAGUGGGUAACCAAGCAAAAACCAGAAAACGUCAAAAGAGAGCAGCGGAAGAACCCCUCUAUGACUGGCUCAGGGAGAACCCCGUAUCGCCACUAACGAACAUUGUGAGAACACCAAAGUGGCUGUCUGAUCCCCACAAGAGAUUUAUUCGACUCGAUGACAAGCACUUGCAAAGGGCCAUUCAAGUCUUCAAUGACGAAAUGUGUACCUAUACAACAUUGGACUUUAUCGAAAUGUAUAAAAAUACUCAGCCACUCUUUGAUGCUCCACACGGUGACUUAAGUUCUUUUUAUAUGACUGUGGAGGACUCGUAUAAAGCCGUGCUCGAACUGUUAAACUUUCAAUUCGAUGAAAACCAAAAUGAAAUUUCCGACUUUGUAAACAACCUCUAUAUGCUCGUUAAAAAGAUUGUGCCCAAAAAAAACUGCAUGGAAGUGGUGUCCCCUCCUAGUGCUCGCAAAAACUUUUUCUUUGAUGCUGUGCUCUCUUUCUAUAUAAACAGAGGGACUAUCCGCAACUUUAACCGCUUCUCUAACUUUCCUCUUCAAGACACAGUGGGUCGCCGUAUACUGUUGUGGAACGAACCCAACUGCGAAUCUGCCGCCUUUGACACAGUGAAGAAGAUCUUCGGUGACGAUGUAGACUCUGUAGCUGUCAAGUACUCUCCCGACCAGACCAUUACAAGAACACCCAUCUUUGUGCUGUCCAACAACGAGGUGUUUCCGAACGACGAAGCCUUAUAUCACCGCAUGUGGAGAUACAAGUGGAAGGCUUGUCCCUUGCUCAAACGUCACAACAAGAUAGUGCACCCCAUGUCUUUGAUACACUUGUAUAACAAAUUUGUACUCGAUACAGACUACAAGGCAACAAUAAACUGCUCGUACAAACAUUAA